AAUUGCACUAUUGUUUCGAGAAGGAAAUCGGGAAUCGGCAUUAAAUCGGGUUCGGUGUCUGAGUGAUACAACGCUCAGUGAGUUUAACGCGUUUUUAACGGCCGAUGUAAAUACGUCGUAAGAUAAUUAUGCAUUGAUGUUAGUGCUUGCAGUGUGCCGGCGCCCCCAUCGGUGACUACGCGCGUACGCAGAUAUUACUGCGGAAUAUUGCACGAUAAAUUGAAAAAGUUUCGCGUUUAUGAGUGACAUAAGUGACAGCACAAUGAAUCUGAAACUGAACAACGAGGUAAGAAGCUCUGUCAACUUGCUUCAUAAAGCGCCUUCUACUGUAAAGGAAGAAAGGCGACGUACGGGUCGAUAUAUAGCGAUUCUUGUAGGUAUAUGUUUGUUCCUGCUGGCGCUGUACCACGCGUGGGUGAGACGGAUACCGGUGGUUGCCAGCCUGGUGGUGCCAGCUCUAAUAAUGUUCGUGUACGUCGGUUGGGUUCUGUAUACAGCAUCCAGGGACAAGAAAAGGCUGCUGGCGGCCGCAGAGGCGGCUUUGAAUGCCGCUAUGCCAACGACCGGUGAAGCUGACGACCAUACAUCAGAGCUAUCACACAGCAAUAUAGAGAUUUCCGUUAUUCCUAACAGAGACACGAAAGUCAACUCACCCGAAGACGCACCAAAAGAUUGGUCGGAAAUCUCCUCAGUUUUCCAAAAGGGAGACACGAAACAUGAAGAUAAAAAUGUUCGUUUUGUUAAACCUAUAAUUUUAAUUAAUGAUAAAUUACCAGAAGACUUAGACCAGAAGUGGACGAAUAUUGUUGAAACGUUAACAAAUAGCGAUAGAUUGAAAGGUUUUCAGACGCGGAGAAAGUUCAAGAGAAAAUUCUGUAGGAAGAAAAGACAUGCAACUUUUAAAAGGUCAUAUUCUAUAGGUUGAGCUUAUCAAUAUAUUUUAAAUCUAAUUAUAUCCUUUACAUAGUAAUAACAUAUGUCCAUAUAUAAGUGAUUAAAAUCGUCAGCAUUGUUAACAAUUUGAAAAUCUAAUUAGUCGAAAAGUAAUAUCCUCAAAUAGAAUAUACGUUCGGAACUCCCUGUUUGCCUAAUUGAUAGGCUUUUAAAAGGCGAAAAUAAAGUCUUUGUAUUAAACAUUUGCUCUUCGAAAAUACUUGAAUGCGGUAUUAUUUAUUUAUCGCUAUAAUAUCGAAAGGAGCAAGGUUAUGUACAAGAUAUUAAUCUGUUUGAAAUAAUUUUGAAUAUUGUUAAAUAAUCGUAAAUGUACUAAUUGAAUGUGUUCCAAAGUUCAUUCAAAUAAAAAUUGUCUUAUUUUACAAUUAUCACGUAAACUGUACUUUUUCGAAUGUGAUACUUUAAUAUUUGAUGAAAGUGGUCAUCGAAGCUUUUGUAAGCUAAAAAUAAAAGUAUGAAGUAAUUUCUAAAUCACAUUAACACUAUCCAA